AUGGAGGCGGAGAGAAACCGUCUCUCAUCGUUGAAGGCCCAGCGACUGCGAGAGAAGGAAAUAGCGACGAUAAGGGCUGUGGCGGAGAAAGCUCGAAGGAAGGGCGAAAAGGCGUUAGCCGCAAGAGAGCUGGCCAGCCGAAAGGCAGAGGCAACGGCCCGCAUGAAAGAGAAGCGAGUGGCAAGGAAUCACGGUGUUCUCGCAUCUCGCUUGAACAUGGGCGCGACGACAACAGCAGCGGUCUUCGAGUCAUUCUUGCGAGACGAUGUCAUCCCUAGAAUGGAGCAAAAUGGAGCAAAACCCUCGAGCCUGCGUUAA